UUUCUACUUUACAACCACAUUCUAGAACCGGGCAUGGCGAAUACAGCUGAAGCCCCCUGACGCAUUCUACGACUUGGUUCUGGGCGGGUUCAACUUUGGAUUUCCCGUAGAACAGAACCCAAUGCACGAAUCCCAUCAUCCGGCCGGAGUCUUCUUCCACACAUCGACGCGAUAACAUGACGACCAACGCGUCAACGUCCUCGGUCGCACCGGUCAUGGCAGCGACCGCGCCCGUGGACCGACCGCUGAUAGCACCCGCCAAGGCUGACGAUGGCGAUGACUCGGAGUGGGAGUACGAGUACUCGACCACGGAGACCGAGACAUACUACCUGACAGUCGACCUCUCAAUACCCCAGCUCCUGCGUCGGAAGCGCAAUGCGCCGGUCUCCGGGCGAGGGGGAUAUCACUACAAACACUGGGCCGGCCCGCACAGGAAACCCGACGAGCCGAAGCAUCACCGUAUUCUCUCAGACGACGAGAACGACGACGAGCCCGCGGCCGAACCGGAAGAGGACGAGGAAAUAGACCAGGUUCAAAUGGAAACGAACGGAGACGCCUUCGACGCCGACUUCGAGUCGGACCCGGCGGCCGACAUACAGAUUCUGGACCUACACUCGGACAAGCCCAUGUUCGCGUACAAGGGCAAGGUCUUUGAAGGGCAAUGGUCGCGCAACCUGGGCACCGAGGUCAUCUUCACGGAGCACGACGCCGAAAACCCGAUCCCCGCGCUGCGGCAUCUCCAGGGCGGCGUGGACAUGCUCGCGGCCAGCUGGUCGCGCAUCAACACGACGGAGAAGCGACUGGAGCCGAGGCACGAGGCAGCGGCCCAGGACGACCCGCUAAAGGAGAUCAGGCGGCAGAACGGCAUUCACAUCCCCAUCACGGCGGACAAGACGGGCGAGCGGAAGCGGCAGACGAGGUUCCUCGAGAAUCUCAUGGCGCUCAAGGUCAAAAGGGGCGAGAAGGACGAGGUGACAGUGUACGCGCACGCGGCGCCGAAGCAGAUCAACGAGGGCACGAACAGCCGGCGGAAGAGGCGGAAACCGUUGCCGGACGGCAGGCCGAGCAAGCGUCGGGGCCGUGGGGGCGGCGUCCGCGGCGGGCGAGGUGGGUCGUUGGUGGCGGGCGAGGUUGGAUUCGAAAAGGUAGAACCAGACAGCACGGCCGAGGGGGGCGCGGGUGCCCCUGACAGAAGCUUGUCCAUGCCGACGCCGGCGACGUGGGCGGAGCUGGAGGGGCAGGCUGGACAGGCGGGCGCGAACGAGGACCAGGGGAGUGAGGACGACUAUGACGACUACGAGGACGGCGGGGAAAUUGAAUAGGUUCAGACAACAGUCUGAAAGUAAUUUACGCUCUCCAAUCGUAUACACAAUUAUGCGCGUCCGAUCUGCCACACGAACUUUGCAUUGCCAACUCAUCCCGCGGUCCAAAUCCGGCACCGCCUUGGCCAGAUGGGUCUCAGUGAACACGCCUUUUUUCUUCCAACAGGGCAAUGCGUGGGAUGGUAUGGUGAAACUGGCUGGCGCCGUUAUGAGCCUCGAGAGCCCUUCGUCGCCGGGCAGUCCUGGGCUGGCAUCUAAUUAUGUGCAUGAUGUGGUCAGGGUGAAGGAAUCAGGGAAAUCUUUGAACCGGGAAGAAAGUUUGAAAUGCGACAAAGCACCGUUUAUCCAGACUCAAUA